GGCAGCCAUGGCGAGGGGGCGGCUGGCGAUGCUGCUGGUACUGGCAGUGGCGCUGUUGGCGCCCGCGGGGUUACAGGCAGAUGCUCUAUCGGUGACGGUCACCGACACCGAGUGCAUCGACGAGUUCGUGCCUUCCGAGGGCGAUAGCGUUUUUGGGUACUUCGUCGUCUUUAACAAGGGUAUCUCUCGGAGCUCCGACCAACGCGGCGGCAUCUACCUCACGGUAACCUCACCAAGUGGUAACACUGUAUGCACGUUGAAGGGAAAUUCUGGUGAGCACAUUGAUUUUAAAGCUCCAAGGGGUGGAACGUACAAGUUUUGUUUCCAUAAUCAUUAUGGAGCACCUGCAACUGUUUCUCUCUACAUUCAUGUUGGGCGCAUACCUAAUGAGCACAAUCUGGGAAAAGAUGGUCACAAUCAGGCGGAGGAAGCCAUGAAGAAGAGGUUCCAGGAGUGGAUGGCCAGGCAUCAUCGCACAUACAAGGACGAAGAGGAGAAGGUGCGCCGCUAUAAACUAUUCAAGGACUGUGCCAAUAGGGUUGACAAGCUUAACGCGUUGGGAGAUGGAGUGACCUACAAAACAAACGACUUCUGCGACCGUUCCAAGGAAGAGAUGUUACCCUAUUACUCAGGAGGCUAGGCCACUGUGAUCGACCCCAAGUGAUGGCAAGGGAGUGGCUCUUGUGAUAUAAUAAAGGGACGGCUGUUGCAGUUUACUUAAUAUCUAUUUGCUUUGAUUAUAGUUAGCUGUGAACCUGUAAUUCUGUUCGGCAGCUGUCCACACUUAGACCCUGGAACCAAAAUAUUCCUAAGCCCCACUACAAGGAAAUUUCUCAACAUGCAGCCAUGUCACAUGAUCGUUUUUUUAAUCCUCAUAUACUCCGUAGCAGCAAAUCAAUAAUUGCCUUUGAACAA